CAGCAAAUGUAGUCCACUGUUCGGAAGCUCACGGUGCUUGACAGAUCCUUAAGUACGAGGGGGUUUGUCCCGCACAGUCGACAAUCUCAACCUACACAGACCCUGUACAGCUUGUCUCGUCACCCGUUCUACCGCAGAGCCAAAGAGCCAAGCUGCAAACAACCAUGGCCGAACGACCCCGACCGACCCUUCUCAGGCGUAUCCUGACAGCGAUCAUCGACCCCGUUGAUCGCGAGGAACAGGGCUACCCUCACUACCCUACGAUGCACGGACUCCACGACCAAGAAAACGAGGGUCUAUCCAUGGGCUCCGCAAAUAAUCCACAACUCGCCCGCCGUCUGACGGUAGUGACCACCCACGCCAGCACCCUGAUCCCCCCGUCAGACAAACUGCUCGUUUUCCGCGCUCUCACCGGCAUCGACACCGUCCCGGCCCUGGCAAUCCCGCACCAUCACCCGCGCAGCGCGCCCAAUGUCGGCAUCUACACGCGCGUCGUGCGCGCCGAGCAAGCCGCCGCACAGCGGUUCCGCUUUUUCAGCAUCCUCAUGAACACCUGUCUGGGCAUCCAGAUCGUGGUCGCGGCCGCGCUUACGGCCCUCGGUGCUGCACGCGGGCCCCACAACGCCGUCACGGCGUUUGGUGCCAUCAACACUAUCAUGGCGGGUAUACUGACCUAUCUCAAGGGGUCUGGGCUGCCCGAUCGUUUGAAGCACUACCAGAACGAAUGGCGGAAUAUUCGGGAAUAUAUUGAGCAGCGAGAGCGCGAGUUCUGCCUCGACGGCUGCCAGCUGGAUGUCCAGGAGGAGAUUCUUUUCAUCGAGAGUAUGUAUGAGGGUGUCAAGCGGGAGAUCGAGGCGACCAAGAGCGGGGAGAGUCGCUCGUCAUCUGGACCGGGGCAGACUCGUCGGUCGUUUUUGCCGCAGGCGCGGGUACCUGAAUCGCAGCAGCCUGGAAAGCCUGAUGCGAGCAGCCCGGUGUCUGUUCCUGAGCCGGUAUUGGAGAAGCACCCACACUAUGAGCGGGUUUGAAACUGUCUUGACUCGAAGCGUAUCAACUCAGCUAAUAGCUAAUCCUAAUGAACCUGCAUGAUCAUAUCCUUCCGUAUACCACCACCACAACAGAUAUAUACUCCUGAAUCAGUACGAAUGAGAUGGAAAUCAUGCAAAUCAUGCAACAUACUCGGGCAAUGUGCUCCACUCGUCCCACAGCUGCAAGAGUCUUGGCACAUCAUAUGUCAUCUCAGUCUUCUCUCACCGCGUUUUUCAUCUUUUCAGAACCAUAGAUCCACAACCCAAUAUAAAAAUAUACAAAAUAAAU